CCAGCCCUGUUCCUCAGUCCAUAUAUGGGCAGCGACGUCACGGGCAUUCAAGACCUGCCCAUAAAUACUUAGAGCAACACUUUCCGUCUGAGAGAGCAGCAAUUGAUUAAUAGCUCGGCGAGGGGACACACUGUUAUAAUAACACUACACCAGCAACUCCUGGCUUCCCAACAGCCGGAACACAGACAGGAGUCAGUGGCAAAUAGCCAUUUUUCUUCUUUCUUUAAAAAACAACUUGUUUGCUAGUUUUGUUUCUGUUGGAUUUUUAUUUUUUUCUGAGUGGUUGCUUUUAAGUGUGGAGGGCGAAAGGAGAUACCAACCCAGGCUCAGUCCAACUCCUCUCCAAAACGGCUUCUCUGACACUCCAGGUAGCGAGGGAGUUGGGUCUCCAGGUUGUGCGAGGAGCAAAUGAUGACCGCCAAGGCCGUAGACAAAAUCCCAGUAACUCUCAGUGGUUUUGUGCACCAGCUGUCUGACAACAUCUACCCGGUGGAGGACCUCGCCGCCACGUCGGUGACCAUCUUCCCCAAUGCCGAACUGGGAGGCCCCUUUGACCAGAUGAACGGAGUGGCUGGAGAUGGCAUGAUCAACAUUGACAUGACUGGAGAGAAGAGGUCCUUGGAUCUCCCAUAUCCCAGCAGCUUUGCUCCCAUUUCUGCACCUAGAAACCAGACCUUCACUUACAUGGGCAAGUUCUCCAUUGACCCCCAGUAUCCUGGUGCCAGCUGCUACCCAGAAGGCAUCAUCAAUAUCGUGAGCGCGGGCAUCCUGCAAGGGGUCACCUCCCCAGCUUCGACCACAGCCUCGUCCAGCGUCACCUCUGCCUCUCCCAACCCACUGGCCACAGGACCACUGGGUGUGUGCACCAUGUCCCAGACCCAGCCUGACCUCGAUCACCUCUAUUCUCCACCACCACCACCGCCACCUCCUUAUUCUGGCUGUGCUGGAGACCUCUACCAGGAUGCCUCGGCGUUCCUAUCGGCAGCCACCACUUCCGCCUCCUCUUCUUUGGCCUACCCACCACCUCCUUCCUACCCGUCCCCCAAGCCAGCCACGGACCCGGGUCUUUUCCCCAUGAUCCCAGACUAUCCUGGAUUUUUCCCAUCUCAGUGCCAGAGAGACCUGCAUGGUGCAGCUGGCCCAGACCGCAAGCCCUUUCCCUGUUCCUUGGACUCUCUUCGGGUCCCGCCUCCACUCACCCCGCUCUCCACCAUCCGCAACUUUACCCUGGGGGGCCCCAGUGCUGGGGCCACAGGGCCAGGGGGCGGUGGAGGCAGUGAGGGACCCCGGCUGCCUGGCAGUAGCUCAGCAGCAGCUGCUGCCGCCGCUUCCUAUAACCCACACCACCUGCCACUGCGGCCCAUUCUGAGGCCUCGCAAGUACCCAAACAGGCCCAGCAAGACCCCAGUGCAUGAGAGGCCCUACCCGUGCCCAGCAGAAGGAUGUGACCGCCGCUUCUCCCGCUCUGACGAGCUGACACGGCAUAUCCGAAUCCACACGGGCCACAAGCCCUUCCAGUGUCGGAUUUGCAUGCGCAACUUCAGCCGCAGUGACCACCUGACCACUCACAUCCGCACCCACACUGGCGAGAAGCCCUUUGCCUGUGACUACUGCGGCCGCAAGUUUGCCCGGAGUGAUGAGAGGAAGCGCCACACUAAGAUCCACCUGAGGCAGAAGGAGCGGAAGAGCAGUGCCUCCUCAUCGUCGGUGCAGGCUGCAUCCACGGCCGCCUGCGCUGGGGGCACGCAGGCUGGGGGUGCUCUGUGCAGCAGCAACAGUGGCACUCUUGGUGGUGGGCCGCUUGCCUCUUGCUCCUCUCGGACCAGGACACCUUGAGAUGAGACUCAGGUUGACACACCAGCUCCUUGAGGCCCCAGAGGCCCCUCAUCCACGCGAGCUGCAUGACAAACACUACCACCCUUUCUUGUCCCUCCCUCCCUUCAUUGGGCAGAGGGCCUUGGUGGAGCCCAGCCCUGCCCGGCUUUCCACUUAAAAGCAGGUCCUUCCUAAAACUGGGCCCAUUUUAGUCUCUGGUAGAUGAGUUGACUAUCACCGCAAGGUAAAGGAGAGGCUUGGAAGGGGGUUGGGUGGGGUUGACAGGCCUAGAGAGCUGAGAUCUGACCCUGCUGUCAAGGAUUGUUUGACUGGGUUUUGCUCCCCCACCCCUUCACUUUGACCCAUCACAGGUUUUUGACUCUGGAUGUUAAGAGUUGUUCUGGGACUUUUUCUUCAGUAGGUUGGGAGAUGCUGGUCCCUCAAAUGGGGACAGCAGAAAGACAAGCAAAACUGAUGUGCACUUUAUGGCUUGGGACUGAUUGGGGGACACUGUACAGUGAGUGAAGCAUGGCCUUUGUGCCACAUUCUGUGGCCCUAGAACAGUGAAUCAAAGCUUAUGUAGUCGUCUCAACCCUUUAAGCAAUAUGUAUUAUAAACUCAGAGAACAGAAGUGCAAUGUGAUGGGAGGGACAUGGCAAUAUCUGCUCCUUUUUGAGUUGUUUGAGAAACGCAGACUAUUUUUUCAGUGUAUAUCCACUCAGAUUUUGUGUAUUUUUGAUGUGCACUGUUCUCCAAGUUCUGAACCUUUGGGAAAAAAAGCAUUUAUGAUCUCUUGACAUGAGUCAGAGGGUAACUUAUUUAAAGGGGGAUGUACAUAUAUUCUCUGAAAUUAGGAUGCAUGCAAUUGUGUUGGAAGUGUCCUUGGUGCCUUGCGUGAUGUAGACAAUGUUACAGUGUCUGCAUGUAAAUGGGUUGCCUUACUAUGGAAAAAAAAAAAAAAUCACACCUUGGGUUUCGUAUGGCUGUAUAUUUCUGCCUAUUAAUAUUUGGAAUUUUUUUUUAGAAAGUAUAUUUUUGUAUGCUCUGUUUUGUGACUUAAAAGUGUUACCUUUGUAGUCAAAUUUCAGAUAAGAAUGUAAAUAAUGUUACUGGAGCUGACUUGUUUGGUUAUUAGCUCUUAAUAGUUGUGGAAAUAGAAAUAAUCUAUUCUAAUGCAAAACCACUAACUGAAUUUCAGAUAAUGGAUGGUUUAUGACUAUAGUGUAAAUAAAUACUUUUCAACAAUA